UUUAAGAACAGCCCAGCAGAGAUCAUCUUCAUUUCAGUCUUCCUAUCCUUCCCAGAUGGCCAUCUCUUUACAGAAGCUCUUUAUAGCUAUCGUUUCAAUUUUUCUUGUCUUCUUCCCCUCCCCACACCCUAAACUUUGCCACGGGUUAAUGACCAACAAAUGUAUUCCCCAAGAAUCUGAAGCUCUUCUUAGCUUCAAAGCAUCCUUCAAUGAUUCCCAAGGCUAUUUCAGUUCGUGGGUAAAUGGAACAGACUGUUGCAGCAUGUGGAAAGGCAUAUCCUGCAACAAUCAAGACAACCACGUUGUAUCUCUCGAUGUAAGUCCUUCGGGUUUCAUUGAAGGUGUGAUAUCUGAGAGCUUGUGCCAACUUCGUUUUCUCACAUCACUGAGGAUAAUAGGAGUACAAGGUACUAGCAUUCUUCCUCCUUGUUUGGGAACUCUCUCUUAUAUUGAGACUUUACGUUUAUAUCUAAAUGACUUUGGUGGGAUGAUUCCCCCUUUCAUUUGUUUCCUCACCCGGCUUAAAGCUCUUAUUCUUUUUAGCAAUAAUUUCAGUGGCAACAUACCUAUUUGUUUAGGCAAUCUUUCUUCUUUAACUACCCUUUCCAUUGCUUCCAACCAACUUAGUGGAAGCAUACCAGCUUCCCUGGGUGAUUUUUCUUCAUUAAUUGGCCUUGACCUUAGUAUCAACAAACUGAGUGGAAGCAUACCAGCUUCUCUUGGUAAUAUUUCUUCUUUAACUUACCUUGUCCUUGAUAACAACCAACUUAAUGGAAGCAUACCAGCUUCUUUGGGUAACAAUUCUUCUAUUGAGAUUCUUGCCCUUAAUCACAACAAACUCAGUGGUAGCAUACCAACUUCUCUUGGAAGUCUCUCAAUGUUGAGUGAUUUAGAUCUUCGAAACAAUCAACUGAGUGGUACCAUUCCAGCUUCCUUGGGCAAUUUGUCUUCCCUUGAAUAUUUCCGUAUUAAAAAUAACCAACUAUUUGGAACCAUUCCCCCUUCAUUUGCUCAUCUUUCCUCCCUAUAUGAAUUCGAUUGUAGUGGCAAUGGUUUCAACGAAACCAUAUCUUCUUCUUCACUUCCAUCUUCUUUAGUUAAUUUAGUCCUAGCGCCAAGCCAUUACCAGUUGAUUUCAGAAACUUUCUUUCACAAUCUCACGAGGCUAAAGUUUUUGCAUUUAUCUGAUUGUGUGUUAAAUAUUAGCACAACUUGGAUUCCACCCUUUAAACUAGAUCAGUUAUCUUUGUCAUGUAUGAUUGAUGGUGAAUUUCCAACUUGGAUUUCGACACAAUCUUCACUCUUUUUAUUGGAAUUAGUUAACGCUGGUCUUGUAGGAGAAAUCCCUUCUUGGCUAUGGAAAACUAGUCCUCUAUUGCGAUUUCUGAAUCUUUCAGGAAAUCGUUUGAAUGGAAGCCUAUUAUCAAAUACUUCAAUACAAAUGCAAUUGGAAAUGCUAGAUGUGUCUAAAAAUGCAUUGAGUGGGAGCAUGCCAUCAUUGUGGUCUCCUAGCAUAAGACAUUUGCUACUUAAUGAUAAUUUGUUUACUGGCAAUAUUCCUCCAAGUUUGGGUAGAUUAUCUCAACUUGAGCUAUUAAAUCUCGCAAACAAUAACUUAACUGGGCCAAUCCCUGUGAGCUUGUCCAAUUGUUCUCUCCUUAUUGUGUUAAAUUUGGGGAAUAACAGUUUGGAGGGAAGCUUACCACAUGAGCUCAAUAAGCUAACUGAAUUAUAUUCAUUAGUUGUUCAUAGUAAUAACUUCAAUGGAUCAUUCCUUCCAACAAUAGAAAAUUGUUCAAAACUUCAAGUUCUUGAUAUUGGAAACAAUUUAUUUGGAGGUGAAAUACCAAGAUUACUCAAAAAUCUUUUAGAGCUAAGAGUAUUGGUCAUGAAGGAGAACAAUUUUAUAGGGAAUAUUCCUCUAGAGAUAGGCCAAUUGUUGAACCUCCAAAUCUUGCUCCUUUCUUCCAAUCACAUCUCAGGUGCAAUUCCACACACAAUUGCAUCAUUGCAAGCAAUGGCAAUAAAAAACCAAGAUGGUUUUAUCCUUUCCACAUCCAAACUAUCCAAUGCAGUAUUAUAUCAAGAUGGACUAGAUAUGACUUUAAAAGGAACGGUUGAGCAUUAUCCAUAUAUUCUUUCCACUCUCACAUGCAUAGAUCUCUCAAACAAUGAAUUGGAGGGAGAAGUUUCUUCUAAUUUUGGGAAUUUGAAGGGGUUGAUGCUUCUAAAUCUUUCAAUGAACAAUUUGAAUGGAACCAUUCCAAAAAGCUUAGGAGAAAUAAGACAACUAGAGUCAUUAGACCUUUCAAGAAAUUAUUUUUCAGGACAAAUCCCAGCAGAGCUUGAAUCUUUAAGCUAUUUGGGUUCAUUGAAUUUAUCGAACAACAAUCUUUCAGGGAGUAUACCACAGGGAACACAUAUGACCAGCACAUUUGAAGAAUCCUCUUAUUCAGGGAAUCCUUAUUUGUGGGGGUGUCCCCUACCCAAAAAUUGUUCUUGGCCACAAUUUGCUCCUACUCUUGACCCUCCAAUAUCAAUAAAAAAAGAGAAUAAAAGCAUUGAAUAUACAUGGUAUAAAAUAUCACUUGGAUUGUCAUAUGGGGCAGCUUUUGGAGGGAUAAUGUCAUUGAUCUCGAUAAAAGUUAGCUGGAGGAGGAAAUACUUUGAUAAAGUUGAUGCAAUCCUAAAGAUUUUAUUUCCAUGGAUGAAGAAUUUGAGACUAUGAGGAGAUUCAACUAAAAUUCAAAGAAAUAUUAGAGGAAUAUAUUUCUCCAAGGGAUGGUUUCUUGCUAGGCCAGCCUCACUGAAGACAUGUUGUUGUUGGUUGCAUCACUCAACCUAUUAUGAGUGUAUUGCUUGUGUUGAAUAAAGAUUGUAUAUAUGUUUUUUUAUUUCUCUAAUCUAUUAUGCAUGGUUUUAGGAAUAACCUACUUGUAAUAGAAAGU